CUGCGCGCGCAGCUCUGCUGUCACACGGCUCCAUCCUUCUCCGUCGUCUCCGUUUUUGAGGAGAGACGCAGAACGGCCGCCUGUCAGCUCUGAGGAGACCACAAAAAACAAAAAACGCGAUUUUUGCUUCGUUCUAGAAUGCCUCGUUCUAGAACGCUUGGUUCUAGAAUGCCUCGUUCCAGAACGCUCGCGUGACCGACAUUAACGUCGACGCUCUUUUUUCCUGCUGCGUCUGAGGAGGAACGAGGAGAUAAUCGCUCUCCAGCGGCGACUGCAGCGACGGAGAAGCCACGAAAUAAUGAAAUAACACGGGACCGAGGAGAAGCGCGAGGCUGGCUCGACGUCGUUCCGUUGUUUCUCCCUCGCUCUUUCCGUGUCGUCGGCUGUUUUUCUCCCAGGACUGGUCUUCAGAAUCUUCACUGAAACAAGAAAAACAGUUAUGAAGUCCUAAAGAGGCUCAUAUAAGGAAGAGGAGAUGGAGGACCCAUACAAGGACUCAGUCGAUAUGGCAAACCCUCAGGAGGUCUGCAAUAGUACAGUAAGCGGAAGUGAUGCUGUUGGUAAGCUUGAGAGUGAGACCACCCCCAUAAUCGCAAAUGAGACAUGGAACGUCACUUCUCCCACCAUCACAAAGAGGUCUCUCUCGCCUUUGUUGACAAUUCAGGCAACUCCUGCAGUGGCUCCGAAUACAGAAUCUCCUGGAGGCGUUGCUCUAAAAGUGGCAACCACAGUUCUUCAGCCCAUCUGCUUGGGGGAGAGUCCAGUUGUGCUGCCUAUCCUAGCAGGCACAGCAGCCCCUCAAGUGGGACAGACUGGGACCACCCCGUACCUGAUGACUAGCCAGGGUCCCUUGUCCCUUCCCCUAGUUUUAGAACAGCAGGUGUUGCAGCACCUGAACCCUCAGCUGCUCCAGCAGGCUGCCACUUGCCCAGCCCUUUCGCUGCAGAAUAACAUCUUGUGCCAGAACCCGUCACUUGCUCUUGGACCUCCUCCUGCCCUUGACCAGAAAGGAGCUGGUCCAGUAUUGGACACCAGUCUCCUGACCCUUCUCCAGAAUCCAAACUUUGCUGCCAUCUUGCAGGACCUUUUUCCAGGCCAGGGUAACACCUCGCCCACUUGUCAUCCAGCAUCGUCCCCACAGGCAGACCCCUUCUCAUCUACUUUCCUAACCCCUCCCCCACUUGUACAUCCCUAUAGCUCUCCACUUGCCCCACUAGUGCCUCCAGCUACACUGCUUGUCCCCUAUCCAGUUGUCAUUCCCCUUCCAGUGCCUCUUCCAAUCCCAAUUCCCAUCCCGGUACCUGUCUCAACUUGCAAGGAUACCAAGGUAGAGACGGAGCCCCCUAAACCAACGUGUUCUGCAAGUAAGAGCACUCAGACAUCCACUCAAGACUUCCCUUCUGUGGUGAUGCCUAGCAAGGACACAGCAGUCCCUCAACCACCUCUUGGCUCUCCUUCAUCCCCAGUGGUGACAGACGGGGAGGUACUGGAUUUGUCCCUCAAGGCCUCCCAACCUCAGCAACUGCAUAGUGGCAGUUCACUAGAGAUCCAGCCAUUUCAGCAAGACGGUGCCCUCGAUCUGUCUGUACCCAGCGAGAGAAAGACAUGCAUCCAGUCAUGUAGUAUCUAUGGAUCAGCACCACCUGAGCGAGAGAGAACCUCUAUCGCUGGAGAGGAUGUCAGUAAUGGGACUUUGGCUCUUGGGGUCCUGCGGCCAGUAGAUUGCACUUCCAAACUAGACUCCAAGCUCCUGAGUGGUUUAGCAUCUUUGGAGUUUAGCCGACAGCACAAGUGGGUGGUGGACAAUGGUGGCAGUGGUUCAGUUGCCAGUUCGGUCCACGAUGCUGCUCUUGGUAGCAGUGGCAACAUUGAGAUCGUCAGCACUUCGCAGACAGCCAAGGUCAUUGUGUCAGUGAAGGAUGCCAUGCCUGCCAUUUUCUGUGGCAAACUCAAAGGUCUGUCAGGCGUCUCCACAAAGAACUUCUCUAUCAAAUGUGACGCCAGCCAAGGGGGCUACGCUGCCCUGCCCAGGACCCAAGGGGAGCAGCGGGGAGAUCCCAAUGACCCACUUAAAAAGAUCCCUAAAAAUAGAGCCAUCAAAUUGAAGAAAGUCAGCUCCCAAGAGAUACACAUUCUGCCCAUAAAGAAGCAGCGGCUAGCUGCCUUUCUGCCCAGGAAAUAACACAGACUCUGGUGUGGAUAGUGUGAAAGAGGGGAGUGCCUGAGCGGUGGAGACAGAAAGAAAGAAAUACAGUGCAUGCAAAAAGCUUGGAGCAGAGGAAGACAGAAAGAGAGAGAAGGAAAAAAGAGAAGGGAGGGAGCUAGGGUUUGUUGAUGCUAAAGGCAUUCCUGGCAGAAAUGAGACCUAGACGCUCUCCGAACUGUCCAAACGAUUUAGGGCAACGCUGGCCGCCUCUGGUCUGCUAGUUGGCAUUUGAUCCAUUCAUUAUAAAGCAAUCAGAGAGAUUCUUUAAGUGACUGAGUCAACAGGAUAUAUAACGCUUAGAAAACGAGGAGCUGAAAAUGACAGACUGCAACACUACUGUACGAAUCAAUCGCAUUUCCACAUUUCAUUUCCCUUGAAACUGCUUCUCUGUCUCGGAUAUGCAUUUUGAUUUUGGUCACACAUCUUCAUGAAUUAUUCAUAAGUCUUCUCUAAUCUAAAUGGCCAUUAAUAUGCAUAGGCCCAGUUCUGAGACUUUGCCAGCUGCCAGAAAGAGAUCAGUCCUGGAUUCCUCAUAGAAACACAAUGCAUAGAAUUGGCAAAUAGGCGUCUCUGUCUGUUCAGUACAUGCCAAAUGCUCCUUGUCCAUCUUGUCUGUCAUCAGUUUGCUGUUGGUUUUUUCACAGAAUGUUGCUCUGCGUUUUGUUUUGAAAUUCACUUCAUGAGAGCAGAUCUCUUCAUUCAUUUUGUGGUAGUGUGUGACCUCUGUGCUUCCCCCCCUUAGCAGGUAAUCGCUGUAUUAAUCAGCAGAUCAGCGAAGCGGAGCAUCCGCUUUGAUGGGGGGUAGGGUUAGUGGUUAGCGCAGCGGGCUAAUAAUGACUUGGCAAAGCGCAGGCCUCCGUUUCAUUAACUUUGAUGAUCGGCGGAAAUGGUUGUCAGUGGCAACAAAGCACAGUUUUCAUCCUCCUUCUUUCUUGGGGGGAGGGGAAAGAGAGGAAAACACUUCUCCGCUGCCCACCCAAUCUGAAUUAAAACAAAAUAAUCACCGGGGGGCUGUUCAGAAGAACAGGAAAGCUGAUUAAACGGUUUAUUAAUGUUCUUUGUUCGGACCUCAGUUGUCUCUUUUUUUUCUGAACAGCUUAAAUUCAGACCUCAACAAAUGCUGAUAUGCAUGUCAGGUUCACACCUGGGUUAUUUCUCGGUUCUAAUUUAGUGGGAUACUUAUUGUUUGUAUUAAUAGCCAAUUAAGUAAGUUGUUUCACACUGUAUUUCGGCUUGUCCCCCGCUCCUCAAACUGUGGGCCAAGCAUUCUCGGCCCUCUAUUUGGCCCUCCUGGCUCUGUAUUUGGAACAGCUUUAGGCUUCUUUCCCACAGAUUAGUGGUUGAGAGAGGAAAAUUUUAUCUCAGAUUUUUUUUCUCUCAGAUCCCAUUCGGUUUUACCCCUCAGGAGCUGAUGAAUAAUACAAUUUUAACUGCAUAUAAAUAGCAGUGUAUGUUAUUACUGUGCAUCUGUCUGUGUGAUCCUGUAAUUAGUGAAGUCCAAAUCUCAAGCCACCGUUUUAUUUUCUUCAGUACGUGUUUACAAGCUAUCAUAUGUCGUGCUACUUCGUGUUUUUACUGAUUAACUCUAUUUCUCCGCUUGGAAAAUGUGUGUAUGUGUGUGUGCUUGUGUGUAUGUGUGUUAAUGAAGCAACAUAUGUUUGUCUAAACCUGGCUUUGCUACACACUUCUAAAAAUCCACUGUACUGAGUUGCCUUUGGUGGGCUACAUUCCUCUCUUUGUUCCCUUAAAGGAAUACGCCACUGUUUUCAACCUAACCUUUAUCUACCAUAUCUGAAGCAUAUAGUCAGUUACCAGAUUUACAAUAGAAGCCAAUGGACAGUUGCUUUAGUUGCUUCUGAUAUAACUGUUUUUUUUUGUGUUGAAAACACAUUGAAACGAUUGUCCAUGGUAAUUGACCAUUUUGAAACAGAUGCAGAGAUUAGCUCAAAAAACUCUGGUGCAUUCUUUUCAUGUCUGCUUGUUGGUUGUACAAUUGAGGCUGAUUCUACAUCAGAAAUACUUUCAGAGGAUCUCAGAGAAGAUUCCCCACCCCGUGUUCGUUUCUGUAAUAAUGUAUUCACUAUUUCAAAUGGAAAACUGAAUGAGAAGCUAAGUUGACCUACCUACACACUUCAACACUUUUUGUGUGACCUUACUGAGGCUUGAUCGGUUCUUUUAAAAAUCCUGUUGCUGUGCAGAUUACAAAAGGAAAUAAUAAUUAAAAGAAACAAAGGAAAAUUUGCCCAUAACAAAAUAAAGGAAUACAAGAAAGAACGCCUGUAAAACAGGGUCACUGAAGUGUUUUCAAUUACAGUGCUGUCUCGAUGGGGUGGGCAUACACAACACUCAUUUAAACUAGGCCACAGAGAUGCCCCGAGAGUAGAAACUGUACCAAGAUAUGACGUCAGUAAGCCAACGUUCACGUCCACUAAACCACUUUUCUCAGAUUUGACUACCUUUAAUUCAACAUCAAAAUAAACAGGUCUCGUCAUGUAAAGCUGGGAGGUCAGCAUCAGUAUCAUGUGCUUGAAUGCCAUAUAUAGCCUCUAUUAGCACAUCAGUUCUGAGAUAAUAAACUUACAGUCUGCAUUAUGAUGAACAAGAUGUUAUUUGGAAUAAAAACACCAACAGAGUGUCAAUCAGAAUGUCAUCAAGCAACUAAGUAGUAAUUGUCUGAUUCCUCAUGCCAGACGUGGCCCGUAUGGAUCUUCCGCUUUCAGUGGUUUUCUAUGGAUUUGCCUUAAGAAGAGACAACAAACUGGCUUUUAUGUAGACAUUUCUGUACAUUUCCUGUUCCGUCUUCUCAGAUUAUAUUUAAUAGGUUUUCUUGGGACAAUAACGAUGAACUUUAUCACUUUCAACACAACGUGCUAAAUCAGUUUGAUGAUCAGUGUAAUCCUCUCCGAUAUUCCACUGUGUUUAUUGCACACGUUAACAAUACUUAGCUGUAGAGCCUUAAUGUAUUAACUGGCAUGUUUAACAUACGUUCUUAUUCCUGUUGUUUUCUGGGAGAAACAUGCAACGACUGCAUGAGUGCCGAAUAGUUUUAGAGAGGGGGAAAAAAAAAAGAGACACAUGACUGUUGAUACGAUAUUGAUGUGAACCAGUUCCUGUUGAUCCUAUUUGAAGAUUGUAUAUGAGGAUUUUGUAGGUAUUAAUAUUUAAGUACUCUGUGCGAGUUUUUCUACCAUAAAUGACUUUUGUAAAUGAAGAAGUAAAUGUGGAAAAUGACUGAUGAAAAAACAAAAGAGCUGGCCAUGUUUUUAAAUUAUUUAUUUAUUCUUAUUUGUAUCAUUUAAAAUGUGGAAAAAAAUGUGUAUGUGAAGGGUGCAUUACCUUUUAAAAAUGCAAUGAUUAAAAAUGUCUAUUAACAUCUGAACGAGUGUUUUGAACUUCCUUUUUUUUCCAUGUUCUACACAAUGGGUAUUCUGAAAGAGCAUAGCAAGUAUUAACUAUGGCACAAGUAUUUACA